CAGACCUCCAGCCGCAGCAUGGCAGCGGGAGCGCCGUGGCUGCCCUUCGCUCGCGCGGCGGCCAUCGGCUGGAUGCCGGUGGCGAGUGCACCGAUGCCGGUGCCGCCGCCGGAGAAGCGGCGCGGACGGGACGGACUGAUCGUCCUGAACGUGAGCGGAACAAAGUUCCAGACGUGGCCGGACACGCUGGAGCGGUACCCGGACACGCUGCUGGGCUCCACCGAGAGAGACUUCUUCUUCCUCGAGGAGAGCAACGAGUUCUUCUUCGACCGCGACCCGGACAUCUUCCGCCACAUCCUCAACUUCUACCGCACCGGGAAGCUGCACUUCCCGCGGCAGGAGUGCAUCUCCGCGUACGACGAGGAGCUGGCGUUCUUCGGCAUCAUCCCGGAGAUCAUCGGGGACUGCUGCUACGAGGAGUACAAGGACCGGCACCGGGAGGACCAGGAGCGGAUCCAGGACGACGUGGAGAUGGAGCAGAGCCGCGAGCUCGUGUCGGUGGAACUGAGCUUCAGAGAGACCAUGUGGCGCGCGUUCGAGAACCCGCACACAUCCACCAUGGCGCUGGUCCUCUACUACGUCACCGGCUUCUUCAUCGCGGUGUCGGUGAUGGCCAACGUGGCGGAGACGGUUCCGUGCGGCGCGGCACCGAACCGCGUCCGGCAGGUCUCUUGCGGGGAGCGGUACGCGCUCGCGUUCUUCUGCUUGGACACCGCGUGCGUCAUGAUCUUCACGGUGGAGUACGUGCUGCGCCUCCUGGUGGCGCCGAGCCGCUACAAGUUCGUAAAAAGCGUGAUGAGCAUCAUCGACGUGGUGGCCAUCAUGCCGUAUUACAUUGGCCUCGUCAUGGCGGACAACGAGGACGUGAGCGGUGCUUUCGUCACGCUGCGUGUCUUCCGGGUGUUCCGGAUCUUCAAGUUCUCGCGACACUCUGCAGGACUUCGCAUCCUGGGCUACACGCUGAAGAGCUGCGCGUCAGAACUCGGCUUCCUGCUCUUCUCCCUCACCAUGGCCAUCAUCAUCUUCGCCACCGUCAUGUUCUACGCAGAGAAAGGAUCCAGCGACAGCAAGUUCACCAGCAUCCCGGCCGCCUUCUGGUACACCAUAGUCACCAUGACCACGCUGGGGUACGGGGACAUGGUUCCGAAGACGAUCAUGGGGAAGAUCUUCGGUUCCGUCUGUUCUCUGAGCGGAGUUCUGGUCAUCGCUCUGCCCGUCCCCGUCAUCGUGUCCAACUUCAGCAGAUUCUACCUCCAGAGCCAGAGAGCGGAGAAGAGACGCGCUCAGAAGGUGUCAAAGGAGGCGGGACAAGCGCUGGUGUGUAAAAUCAACCAGGACUACGAAGUUCACCAACAUCACCUGCUGCAGUGUCUGGAGAAGACCACAAACCACGAGUUUGUGGAGGAGAAGAUGUACCAUGAGAACUGCAGGGAGGUGACGCUGGUGAAGCACGUUUCCCGUUCUUCCUCCAUCUUGUCCUCACCUCACAGCCUCACGUCCUGCUGCGCCCGCAGGAACAAGAAGAACUCCAACAUGUCUGUGGCUCUGCAGAGCAGCUUCCAGGAGCUGAGCACCAUCCAGAUCAGAGAGAGGCCGAGUGUUGUCAGUCGUUCCAGUCUGAACGCAAAUUUCGAGGAGACAGUUCCUUUGAACUGCGACCAGCCGCACAUCACCGCCGCCGUCAUCAGCACGCCAGCGCCAGCUGGCACCAAGACCGCAGGCGACGGAUCAACCGGCUCCACCAACGACUCCCAGGUUAACAUCGUGGGGGUGUCAGCGCUCUAGAUAACUCCUCCCCCCUCCAACAUGGACAAAUGAUCCAGCCAGCAGAAGGACGACAGGUUAGGAGUCCACACUGGAAGCGACUGGUCAGCUCACCGUCAUCCAGGCAGAGGAGGACGUGAACCUGAACGCACUCGCUGACUCCACCUCCGAUCACCCAGCAGCGCAGGACAGAGGAGGAAUCGUAGCACGGCUGAAAAAUUAUCUUUUUCUGACUUUAAAUCGUUAUAGUUGUUAUUUUUUCAGUCUGAUUCAUUUGAUUUAUUUCUCGAAAUUCAAGCCCCAUUUUGGGAAGUUCCCCGUCACCCAUUGUAACAUAUCCUAACAUCGUGAGCUAGCAUAGCACAAAGAAACUGCAAGCCUCUCUCGACCAAUCAAACCUAACCAAAGAAAAAGUCACAUUCUUUCCUCGUCAUGGGAAUGAUGAUGAUUCUGUUCUCAAUGUCUCAGACUCUUUAUCUGACAAAAGACUCAAAUGUCUUCAACAGUUAAAAAACACAUCUCUUUUUCUACUCAUUUGAAAAAUGAUCAUAAUCAAUUAUGUAAAAUCUGAAAGUUCUAAAUCUGGUUAAAUCACAUUUGUCUGUUUCAGUCUCAAAUACCUGAAAGCAGGAAGUCACUGUCACGAUCUUCAUUGUUAACAAGUAGCAAAAGUCUAGAGGUUCCUAAUAAAUGGGAUUGAUUUUAUUAUUAUA